CGCCCGGCGGCCGCUGCGGGCUGCGCCACGACCCCGCGCUGCUCCGAACGGCGUCGUGCGCUGCCGCAGCAGAGGAGGCGAGCGCUGCGGCCCUCGCGGUGUUUGGAACAGAGCAAGAAAAACUCAGCAAGAAAAAAAAAAAAUAAGAUGAGGGUUCUCAGCUUUGCAGAGCUUGUAAUAAAAUUGAAAGCAUCGGCUUUGAAUAUGCGGCACGCAGUUACGGGAGAACCGGGCUCUGCCCCUCGGUAUCCUCCAGCGCUCUGCGGCAUGCUGAGAAGCGGCGGCAUCUUCGGGCAGGGCGUGCAGGCCGCGGCCACGAGCCUCAGCUGCAGCGCGCGGGAAGCGCAGGGCGGGAAGCAGCGGGGCGCGAGGGGCUGCGGGGCCGGCGGCUGCUCGGCACGGAACGGCCGGCCGCACAACGCCGCGCCAGCUGGCGCACGGAGCCGGCUCGGAGAUAGCCGUCCUUCGGCCCGCGCCCAACAGGUCGGCUGCUUUACGGAGUGCCUCUCGGUGCUAAGCGGAAAGCCUUCCGGCACACCUACAGCAGCGCACCGAGCCGAAGCACAGCUGUGCUCGGGCAGCACCUGCCCCGCCGCGGCUGGAUGCGGGUCGCUGACUCUUCAAGUACACACUGAGUCAGGAGACGCGUUUUAAGAGCACGCUUUGGCCGCCCCCACCACGAGUCAGUUCUCAAUGAAGUUCCCCAGAAGAGCUUGCAGGUUAGCACUACUUCUUAUGUAUUGCAGAACUGGGCCAGGAGCCGCUCAGUGCUUAAAACGCCGGCCCUUGUCUCCGAGUGUAACAGGCCGUACAGAGAAAGAAGGUAAUACAACAGGCUUUGUCAAUACAAACAUUAAGACAAAUGGUGUUCCCUCCUGCCCAUCAGUGAAACCAAGUCUGCCGUGUUGCUGCCUUCACAGGACUUCGCCCCGCAAGCUCAGAACACAUUCCCAGCAGUUCCUUAAAUAAAAACUCCCAGCAGAGUUCUUUAAAUAAAAAGCAAAUCCUUUAAAUGAAAAUUUACAUUUAUUUCGAAAUUUUUAAAUGUCGUUUCUAUCCAUUUAGACACAGUUUGACAUUAUCAGAUCAGAGAAUUUACAGUGACUCAUGGAUAACGAUUUGGCUUUUACAUUCAAAUGCUACGUACUUCAAAAGAGCUUUGCUUUGUUAUUUCCAAACCAGAAACACUGAAGAACACUGCAUUCUGCCUUUUGACCAUCUUUGUUAAUUAACAGACUUUUGAUAUCUGCUGUACUUGAAGGGGAACGUGUACAACACUAAAGGAAUUACUUUGUUCAAAUGAAGUGAGUGCCUUAGUUACAGUUCCACAGUUAAGACUACUGGUUCAUGGUAGCAUCAAAAGGCAGUACUAAGCAGAAAUACAGGUCGUUCUUUUUUAAAGUAUGUUCUCCUCGGGCAGAUUGCAGAGCCCGAGCUACUUAGAAAGCCUUUUUAUGAAGACAGAGGUCUCACUACCCAAUAUUAACACCAUACAAAGUUUAGCAAGUUUUGUUCAGUUUUCAUACUUUU